AAUAAUGUGGUAGUCAUGAUCGCUAGCACAGUGAUAUUUCAACAUUCGUCGUGUGAAUUUGAAACUGAGCAAAAUGAAAUUCCUGAUUGCUUUCGCCCUGGUGGCUGUUGUCAGCGCCGAUGUGUCGCAUCUGUUCUCGAACAGCGACAACCUGCAGGAAGAUGGAUACCAUUACCAACAGCCUGCCAAGCAGUUCGUCAUUGAUGUGCCUCAGGUGUACGAGCAGCCCGCUCCUGUUGUCUACGAGCAGCCUGCUCCAGUUGCCUACGAGAAGCCCGCUCCUGUUGUUUACGAGAAGCCCGCUCCUGUUGUCUACCAGAAGCCCGCUCCCGUUGUCUACGAGAAGCCCGCUCCUGUCGUCUACGAGAAGCCUGCUCCAGUUGUCUACGAGAAGCCCGCUCCAGUUGUCUACCAGAAGCCCGCUCCCGUCGUCUACGAGAAGCCCGCUCCCGUUGUCUACCAGAAGCCCGCUCCUGUUGUCUACGAGAAGCCCGCUCCUGUCGUCUACUCGAAGCCAACCCCUGCUGGCAUCCUGAAGGAAGACGGAUACCACUAUGGCCAGCCUGAGAUUAAGUUCGAACCCGUCCAGGAAUAUCUGCCUCCUGUUGCUCCUGUUGUUACCCCCGUCUACAAGCCACAGCCCGUUGCUCCCAAGCCAGUUGCUCCCGUCUACAAGCCACAGCCCGUUGCUCCUAAGCCAGUUGCUCCCGUCUACAAGCCCCAGCCCGUGGCUCCCGUUUACAAGCCCCAGCCUGUGGUCCCUAAGGUUGUUGUGCCCGCUAAGCCCGUCAACGAGUACCUGCCCCCAGUUGCCGCCCCCAAGCCAGUGGCUCCCGUCUACAAGCCCCAGCCUGUGGCACCCAAGCCAGUUGCCCCCGUCUACAAGCCCCAGCCCGUUGCACCCAAGCCAGUUGCUCCAGUCUACAAGCCAGAGCCUGUUGUUCCCAAGCCAGUGAUCCCAGUGGCCCCCAAGGUUGUUGUCCCCGCUAAGCCCGUCAACGAGUACCUGCCCCCAGUUUCGGUCCCUAAGCCAGUGGCUCCCGUCUACAAGCCCCAGCCUGUUGCACCCAAGCCAGUUGCCCCAGUCUACAAGCCCCAGCCCGUUGCACCCAAGCCAGUGGCUCCCGUCUACAAGCCCCAGCCUGUGGCUCCUAAGGUUGUUGUGCCCGCUAAGCCCGUCAACGAGUACCUGCCCCCAGUUUCGGCCCCUAAGCCAGUGGCUCCCGUCUACAAGCCCCAGCCUGUUGCACCCAAGCCAGUUGCUCCCGUCUACAAGCCCCAGCCGGUGGCUCCUGUCUACAAGCCCCAACCUGUUGCUCCCGUCUACAAGCCCCAGCCUGUUGCUCCCGUCUACAAGCCAGAGCCAGUUGCUCCAGUCUACCAGCCAGAGCCCGUGGCUCCUGUCUACCGUCAGCCCGAGCCUGUUGUGACUGCUCACCAAGGCUACAGCUACCCCAACGACCCCGAGCCAUCCUUCGAAUAUUAAGGAACUCUUGUUGUAACAUAAUUAGGAAAACAAAUCAUCCUGUAGUAUUAGACGAAUUUUCACGAAUGGCGAUGAAGACAUCGCUUGAAAUAAACUGACAAACGAAAAUAAAAAAAAAUAAUUUAAUGAAAA